UCACCACACACCUCAGCAUUAAAAAUUAUCACCAAUACACCACUAAAUAUAUUCAAGUCCACCAUCUACAUCAACACAGAAAACUUAAGGAUAGAGGUAAGGGGAGAAGCGUCCUGGGCCGGUAAACCAAAACACCGUCCAUUAUUGAGGAGUGUCAGCUCAGAGCCAUGUCAAAAUAUCUAUGAAGUAGGUGGAAAGACACACCCUCAUGUAAUGUCAACGGGAGGUAAUGAAACAUUAAAAGCAAGAAAUGGCAGCCAGUGAAGUGCAGCAUGUGACCCCUGAUGAAGAGAGCUUAUCUUCCAUAUCUGUCAAUAUCAGUUGUCCACAAGGAUGUCCUCGUACAUUUGCCAAUUCCUCUGCCCUCAGACUACAUUUAAGUCAGGUGCACCAUCUGGAAACUGGGAGUAAUGUUGCCCCGAUCCCUGGAACUAUAUGGUAUCACUGUCCUGUGACUUCCUGUGUAUACCACAUUGACUUUGGUGUUAAUGGGAGACAUUUUCCAAAGUUGAAGUACCUUAAGCAGCACUACCUCAAGGUCCACGCAGCUCGCUCCCAUGCUUGUGAUUGUGGUCAAGCUUUCAGUACUGCAGCCCUACUUGCUCGCCACCGCCGUGCCUGUGGAGUCAAGCUUUUGUGUUGUUGUGGCCGGAGCUUUUCUUCUGUUGAGACCCUGCAGACUCAUGCUCGCCGCUCUGGCCAUGCUGUCCAUCACUCCACUGUUCAAGCACUAAGAGCAAAGAAGACAUCACUUGCUGAACUGCCCAUGACAACACAGUCAUCUCUACAGAGUUCCUCUCAGGCAGUUUGGACACAUCAUAUCCCAUUCAAGUACCACAGUAUUGAUGACAGUGGAGGAGGGGAAAGCAGUGUAGUCGAAAUAAUCAACACUUCAUCAUCUGCAUCACCCUCUGUGCAAUCCACGUUUGGUUCUGUGCUGCCUACUAUUUGCCCAGCUCCUUCCACCUUUUGCUCAGCUUCUUCUACAUUCAGUCAAGUUACUCCCUUACAUCUCCAGCAACCAACUCAUCUGCUAGCAGCUAUUGCACUUAGUGAACUUGCUGCAACAGCCAUGAAAAGGCUGGCUUGUGUGGAUGUGGGAGUACAGACAGAUGCUGAAGUAAUGAGGCGCUCCAGAAGAAAGUCAUCCAGCCCGGCAAAAUGUUGGGAAUCAGCAAGAAACAGCACAGCCCGAACUAGUGGCAAGCGAAAACGUACAGCAGAGACUCAAACAAGACUUACUCAUAGAGAUAGUAAGAGAUUGCAAAGUGCCUCACCAGUUCAACUGUCUGGAGCAGCAGCUACAGUCUCUACAAGGAUAAACUCUACCAAUAAUGAUAAUGAUACUAGUUUUAUUGAUGUUAGUGCUGAUGAGUGUAAUGAUGAAGGGUCUUUUGAAAGCUUAGCAUUACAAGUAGACUUACCUGAAUUUAUUACUACACAUCUGAGUAAUUCAGGUACACAGACUAGUCCUCGUGUAGCUAGCCUGUCCCAGUCACAUCUUCACAAUCUUACAAUCUCCCUGUUUGACCGUGCAUGUGGCGAUGAUGAGCCUGGAAUCACCCCACCAUCAGUGACUACUAUCACAUCAACUCAAACACCAGAGCACCUUGAUCCAUUUACCAACACACAGCUACUAAUUGAAGAUGAUGAAGACUUGUUGGGGGUAGUCAGCGAUGCAACUGUUGGAACAAGAAGACCGCCACCUCUGGGUCAGAUACGCUCAUCAAGCAUUGAGACUCAGACUGAUCAUGAUGUGCUUCUGAGCAAGAAUGCUGACACUCCUGAUGAUUCUGAUGAAAUCAUAUUAACAACUACAGAAACACAAACUGACCCCAGCAGCCUUCUCAUCCUGAAUGGGAAUAAUGCAUAUCAGAGUCCUACUUCCUGUCAUGCAUCAGGAUCAUGUCAAGUACAUGACAAUGACAGUUUAUGGUGCACCAGUGAAACUCAGACGUAUGAAGAUUUCUCAGAUAUAGAACAAUUUAUGCGUUCAACAAUUCACACACAGACACCAGAUCAUAGUCACAGUGAAUUAUUCCCUGAACUUUCUUUCACCCACACUCAAACCCAGACAAGCUUAGAUGAUCCUCCUGCACUUGUAACAACGCACACACAGACACCUACAAGCAAACCUCCUCCCCCAGGACUAUCUGAAGUCUAGUCAUCACCCAAGGUUAGAUAUUUUUGUUUAAUUAAGUAUAAUAACUGAAAUUACUCAAUAAUGGGUUAAGUGCCAUAAUGUACAAUACAGUACUGUAUUCUUUAUGUAGUCCUCAAAACUAAUUUAAAUGUAAUUCCACUCUUCUGCCUUAGUUCAGCUGUGGAUUACGUCAGCAUCUUGUUUUUCAAAGUCAGAACUUACGAAGUUGUUAAAACACUCCUCAAAAUCACCUUCCACACUGCUUUCAUCAUGUUGCUGGUAACCUUCAUCCCAUGCAGCACAAAUGUUUUCCAAGGUAUGUUGAAUAUUUUAGUACUGUACUGUAUUUACAAAAAUCAUGCGCUGACAGCUUGUCUGGACUGUUUCGCUUCAUGUAGAUGUGAAACAAUUUUUGAUGUUGUGGGUGGAGAGUGUUAUCUGAAAAAAGUGCUUUAGGGUGGAGAGACUGCUUUUUAAACCAAACCUUUCUUGCCUGAAAAGUAUCAGGAAAUAAAGAUUCACCAAUUCGUAGCAUAAAAGUUAUAAAUUUUUGAGUAAUUUUGGGGAGUGAUGUUAGAACUUAUUGGCAGCUGCUUUACAUCAUGUUCACAGCUGCAUCACCAUUCUUCAUGAUUUUUAAAACCUUUCUUUUCAUAUACAAACCGUCCACAAUACUGUACAGGUAUUUGCCAUUUUUGGUGCUAAAAAGUAAUUAUUUCACCUGCAAAAUUGGCGUUACAAAGGCCGGCAUUUACGAUGGAUUGUUUGUGUGUGUAGGUAUACCUCUUUAGAAUACUGCCAUUUACACCACUGCACAUUAUUGGGUUGCUGCCGAUAUUUUUACUACAGGCAGCAUAUAUUGUACUGUACAGUACUUUGUAGUCAUAAAUGUAGAGAAGGCAUUUGGCAAGGUGUGUCAUGAGGUUGUAGUGAACUGUGAGAAAGGAUUGUCUUGUACGAGUAGCUAUGGCAUUGUAUGAGAACCAACAUCUACCUGUACAUCCACUUUUACCAGUCUUUUGACAUUAAAACAAGAAGUAUAUAGUACAGUAUGUAAUAAAUAUAAGAAUAUGUAAAAGAAUUAUGCAAGUUGUAAUAAAUAUAAGAAUAUAUAAAAGAAUUAUGCAAGUUGUAAUAAAUAUAAGAAUAUACAGUAUAAAAGAAUUACAUGCAAGUUGUAAUAAAUUUAAGGAUAUAUAAAAGAAUUACAUGCAAGUUGUGGUAUUGAGUGACUUAUUGAGAGGUGUGCUUGUUCUCCCCCUCACAGCCGUGUUAACUGAUGAACCUGUGUGUGUGUCCAGAAGGUUCUCAUUGAUUGCUGUUCUGCUGGAAAUAAUUUGCAUGAUAUGAAAAUUUCUCUUAUAAUAGCUUUGUAAAAUAAAAAAUCCAAUAAUUAAAAAUAUUGGUCAUAAAAAUUA